CACUCUUUCUUCUUGUCCAAUCGGAGGUAGACAUCUGUUAGCCAGAGCAACUCUAAAAUAUUCCCGUCUCUUCCCUUUUCGUUAGCGCAUUUGCUCCUUGGCCCAACAGCGUUGAUUGUGAGCAGCGGAAAUCACAGCUAAAAUGGGGAAAAUGCAGCUUUUGGGUGUAGCUGUUGUUAUAUUAGCAGUGUACUGCGUAAAUGCAAAAAUUUACUUUCGGGAAGAGUUUCUAGACGGUGAUGAGUGGAGAAGUCGCUGGGUGAACUCCAAACAUAAAUCAGACUAUGGAGAGUGGAAACUGACGGCUGGCAACUUCUAUGGGGAUGCUGAAAAAGACAAAGGUCUGCAGACGAGCCAAGAUGCACGCUUCUAUGCUACUUCUGCCCACUUCGAGGCUUUCAGCAAUGAGGGGAAGCCUUUGGUCAUUCAGUUCACAGUCAAGCAUGAGCAGAAGAUCGACUGUGGUGGUGGCUAUGUGAAGGUCUUUCCUGCUGACUUGGAUCAAACUGACAUGCAUGGGGAUUCCUCAUAUUACAUCAUGUUUGGCCCUGACAUCUGUGGCUACAGCACCAAGAAAGUUCAUGUCAUCUUUAAUUACAAAGGAAAGAAUCACCUGAUCAAGAAAGAGAUUAAGUGCAAGGAUGAUGAAUUGACUCACCUCUAUACACUGAUCCUGAAUCCAGAUCAGACAUAUGAAGUGAAGAUUGACAAUGAGAAGGUAGAAUCUGGCACCCUGGAGGAUGACUGGGACUUCCUGCCCCCUAAGAAAAUUAAGGAUCCUGAAGCCAAAAAGCCAGAGGACUGGGAUGAUCGCCCAAAGAUUGAUGAUGUUGAUGACAAAAAGCCAGAAGACUGGGACAAGCCUGAAAAUAUCCCUGACCCUGAUGCCAAAAAACCUGAAGACUGGGAAGAAGACAUGGAUGGAGAGUGGGAGCCACCUAUGAUUCCCAACCCAGAGUACAAAGGAGAAUGGAAACCGAAACAGAUUGACAACCCCAACUACAAAGGAGUUUGGGUGCAUCCUGAAAUUGACAAUCCUGAAUACAGUCCUGAUUCUAAUAUCUACAAGUUUGACAACAUUGGUGUGCUAGGUCUUGAUCUUUGGCAGGUGAAAUCUGGCACCAUUUUUGACAACUUCCUGAUAUGCGAUGAUGUGAAGGAAGCAGAAGCAAUUGGAAAGGAGACAUGGGGUGUGACAAAGGAACCAGAGAAGAAAAUGAAACAAGAACAGGAUGAUGCUAAACGAAAAGAGGAAGAGGCAAAAGUAAAAGAACAAGAAACUAAUGAAGAGGGGGAGGAGGAGGAAGAGGAGGAGGAGGAGGAGGAAGAAGAAGAAGAAACAAAGGAUGAGAUGGAAGAAGCACUUUCAGACACAGAAGAUGAAGAAUCAGUACCUAAAGAUGAGCUUUGAGGAGGGGGGGAAAUGUAGUGAGAAAAUAUUUUAUUAUGUCCCUUCCACAGAAACUGUCCUGUAACUCUCAGGGGUAUUGUGGCUGCUGUGCAUCCUUUCCCAGAGAUACAGGCAACCUGGCUUUGGAGUCUAAUGUAGAAAAUUGGGUUGAAUGGGUAUUAAUGGACUUGAUGUUGGGUUUUUUUUUUGUCACAUUACCCUUACUGAAUUGGUACUGUGGGUUGUCUAUCAUUCUGUGGCUUGACCACCAAUCUCUUGUUUUGAAAUUGUUACAUUUUGUCACAAAUCAGAUUCAAGCUCUACCUGUGAAAUUAAUAUUAAAUAAACAGGGUCAGAAAAUGGG